UAGAACCCAAAAUCUUUUUCACCUGUUUAUGUUUACCUUAGACCAACAGCUGUUGCAGUCCUGUCAGCACUGGAAAGAACAACUCUACAUGUUCCGCUCUCUCGUAUCUGUGUUUCUUUUUUGAUAAAGGUAAAAGGGCUCUAUAGCGGAUUUCAGAUAGCUUUCCUUUGGGUGAAAGGGAUUUACGGUUUGAAUCGGAGAGACCUUAUCGACUAGUCUCUAGUAACCCAAGGUAUACAACAAUACCGGGGGAUAGCACACCUUUUGGUCUUUUCUCUCUCUAGUACAGACCAGCAUACAAGACCGAAGCAUAUCUCCCGAAGAAAAGCAAGAAGAAAGAAAAACCCCAAAGUUGAUGUAUUUAGACCCUUUCUAUGGGGGACAGUUGUGAUAACACGAAGGGAGACCAAUGUUUUCUAUUUUGAGCGGAUGAAGGAGAAAAAACAAAGGAUCGUUGUAGACCAUAUGAAUAAAAAAGACAUGAAAACUCCCAGAAAACCUCAAAUUACUUUGGAGAGGUCCGAAAGUUUAAGAAAGUACGCUUACAAACGACCUGAUGCAAACACAGAGGAGUUUGUGCGCUACAUUACUCAGUUUCAAGGUGAGCGUCAACCGACGAACUUGCGGCUUCAACGGAAAGCACCACUUCCGGAGAUUGGGACUUCCGGACUUCGUGAUUCUGGAUUUUUAGAUAAAAACAGUGAUACGAGUGAUUAUGACGAUACCACACUGGAUAACGAGGUGGCGUCUGUGUACAGCAACAAGUCUAAGAACUCCAGAAAAGAUCUCCAUGUUCACGAAGUACUUACUCUAACCCGAGAACAAACUCGGGAUAAUUUGUUAAGCAAAUCUUUAUCCAACGGACUUGCGGACCACUUGAACGGAAAUGUACUUUUCUUAAGACAAACUACAGACAUUCGUAGGAAGGGAGGGGGACCCAAUGUGAAUCUCCUACCCAAGGUAACCCGCACCAGUAAACAACUUCCCCCAAUAGAACAGUUACACGUCCCUGAUCGCCCCACCGCGCCCUCCCCCUCCCGCACUCCCCCAUUUUCCAACUCUGACGGCAGCUUUAUAGAAGAAGAACCGGUAGAUUACAUAGACUCAUCGUAGGGACAGACCGAGUUUGUUUGUGUUUUUAUAUUUACGCGGAUUCAUUUCAAGAACUCAAAAGCACAAAGACUUUUGAGAUAGUGAAAAAACUAAUAUCGUGAAAAACUUUGCUAUAUUAUUUUUUUUUUUGUUUUGGUCCAAAUGUGAUUUCAAAUGUACGCAUGUCUGUGAUGUUGACCAGUUUUUAUGUUACCUUUAGGUGCUGAUUUAUUAAAGCAACUGUGAUGUUACAUAGUGAUAUUUUUUUUAAUUAUGUAGAAAAUUUCUGUUGUGUUUUUUUGGUAAGCCUUUAAUUAAAUGUAGCAUAUUUUUAUUAACGAGGAAAUUUGAAUACAUGUAUUUCUCAAGCUUGAAGUAAGUGAAAUUGUUGUUUGUAUUUUUCGUGUAUUUUGAAUUCGUUACAGCUAUAGUGUGUAUGCGAUGGUAUAAGUGGUGUAUGUAAUAUUACGACUUCCAUUUAAUGCUUAAUGGCAUUGGUAUUUUCAGUGCUUUUGGGAAAUAUUUGUGAACGCAUGUUAUUCUUUUCCAAACAUAAGCCAUGUUCUCAGGGAAAUCGUAUCGUUUCUUUACAAUAUAAAACUUCAAUCAAAUAAAUCGUUUUACGAAUCAC